AUGUCUGGCAGUAGAGUCGAUCAUAGAACCGCUGGAAACGACCGCAUUGUUUCGCGUAUCCGCGAAUCCCUACAACAAGAAGGGGAAGACAUCCGCAUCUCGCGGACGGUUCUCUCUGCGGCCGUCGACGAACUCCUGAAGACACAUGAUGCGGGAUUGGCGUUAGCACAAGCCAACGCAGACCGCACGCACCUUCUGGCUGAGCUGGAAAAGUAUAGACAUGCCGAACAACUGCUUUCCAGAGACCUUCGUGCGGCGGAGCGGGUCAUAAAUGGGGUGAUUCGAGGCGAUUUCUCUUCCAGGCUGCUGAAAUCCAAAGUCUUGUCAGAUAGUGUCAAUGGCUUGGCGCCGGGCAUGGCAUCAAGAGCUCAGAUUAUCGAGCCUAGCGGAGGCGGUGAUAGCACGCUAGUGAUGGAUGCACCGUUGGAGGUCUCGAACCUGAAAGUAACGAUCAAUAAUAUGGUCGGGAGUCUUGAGAGGUUCGCGAAGCAGCUCAGGGGCGUCGCUCGAGACGUGGGUGUUAAUGGAAGAUUGGAUAGGCGGGCCGAGGUGAUAGGUUUCUAUGGGGUUUGGAGAGAGAUAAUCGAGGAGGUCAAUGGCAUGGCCGAAAACCUGACAACACAGGUCCGUGGCUUUGGCGAAGUCACAGAGGCUGCCACUUGUGGUGACUUCAGCGAGUUGAUCACUAUCACUGCAUCCGGUGAAAUGGACGACCUCAAGAGACGAAUCAACGCAAUGAUAUCUAGCCUGCAGGAGAGCAUUCAGCGCAAUAGCGCGGCCAGAGAGGCAGCCGAGUCGGCCAAUCGAAGCAAGUCGGAAUUCCUUGCCAACAUGAGUCACGAAAUUCGCACACCAAUGAAUGGAAUCAUCGGCAUGGCGGAGAUAGCCCUUGAGACGGAAGGGCUGCACUCUACCACACGGGAAGCUCUGAACCUAGUUCAUAGCCUGGGCAACAAUCUUCUGGCGACCAUCGACGACGUCCUUGAUAUCUCGAAAAUAGAAGCCAAUCGUAUGGUGAUCGAAAAGGUCCCUUUCAGCCUGGGAUCUAUGGUGUUCAACACCCUUAAAUCGCUUGCAGUGGAGGCUAGUAAAAAGAGGGUCGACCUGCUCUAUGAGGUUGACAGCUCUGUGCCAGACUACGUCACUGGAGAUCCGAACCGACUUCGCCAAGUAAUUCUUAAUCUGGUGGGUAAUGCAGUAAAGUUCACAGAGCGUGGAAAAAUUCAGGUGAUCGUUAAUAUGGCCCAGCAUGAGAACUUCUCGGACGAUCAAUGCGUCGUGGAAUUUUCCGUUGUAGAUACUGGAGUUGGGAUUGAAAUGGACAACCUCGAGCUCAUCUUUGACAAGUUUCAACAGGCGGACGGCUCAGUGACCAGGAAAUUCGGCGGCUCGGGCCUCGGCCUCACUAUUUCUAAGAGGCUUGUAAACCUGAUGGGCGGGGAUAUCCGGGUCAAGUCAGCCAUUGGUUUGGGGAGCUCAUUCUCCUUUACUUGUGCGUUGAUGCUGGAGAAGACGACUGGUCCAGUGGUUGAGCAGCUGGCCCCAUACAAAGACUACACCGUUCUUUAUUUCAGAUCGGGAUCUCAGAGUGAUGAAAAUAUCCACCAGCUACUCAAUAAACUAGGGAUUCGACAUCUUGUCUACAGUCAGCAUGAGCUUCUAGAAGCUGCCAUGCAGAGCCUGGACCAGGAUCAUAAUCAAGUGGGCGCUAUCAUUGUGGAAACAGUUGAGACAGCAUUCGAGUUGCGGGCUCAUAAAGCUUUCAGUUCAGUCCCUCUCGUCCUGUUCAGCCCCGUGCCAUCGUUGCCCUUGACGGUCUCUCUGAAGUCAGCCUUCGACUUGGGUAUCACGUCCUACGUGACAGUCCCUUGCCGUGAAGAAAAACUUGCCAAUAGCCUUCUCUCGGCGUUGCGGAAUCAGCCUAAGCGCAUUACUCCCAAACGUUCUAGUCCUCUGGCGAUCCUAUUGGCCGAAGACAAUGAAAUUAAUCAGCGGGUAGCACUGAAGGCACUUACGAAGUGCACCGAUGACGUUACGGUUGUUACAGACGGCCUAGAGGCAUUCAAGAAUUUCCAGGAGCGAGCUUUCGACCUGGUAAUCAUGGAUGUUCAGAUGCCUGUCAUGGGUGGAUUGGAAUCGACGUCAAGGAUCCGGCAGUACGAAAAAGCGAACAAUCUAUCGCACACCCCAAUCAUUGCCUUGACGGCUCACGCCAUGGCAGGUGACUGUGGAAAGUGUCUGGAUGCUGGUAUGGAUGAUUACUUAUCUAAGCCUCUCAAUCAAAAGCGCCUGGUGGAUACUAUCCUUACAUACACCUCGAAACAUCCUAGGCCCGGAGACUCAUCCGAGACGAGUACAGUCGAGACCUCACCCGCCACGCAUAUUUGA